AUGGAGAAAGAAGAGGAUCUGUGGGGCGAGUGGAGCCCCAUUCUGUCCUUCCAGACUCUGCCCUCUGCUCCAAAAGAUGACUGGAUAUCAGGGGAUGUCUGUGGGACACAAGGUGGGCAGAAAUCCCUGCUUCUGUGGAAGGACCUAGAGCUAGCCACUGGCUAUGAGGUGUCUGGCUGCUGCCGAAUGGAGAAAGAAGAGGAUCUGUGGGGCGAGUGGAGCCCCAUUCUGUCCUUCCAGACUCUGCCCUCUGAACUGUCAGUGCUGCUGUUGUUGCCAUUGGUUGAUGUAGGCCUGAACGAUGAAGGCAUGAAGGAGUGUGGACCAGAAUCAACAGUGUCCUGUGAAAUAAAUGUUGACUGCCGAAACUUCACAGAGAGUUACUGCCGUUGCAGACGAAGCAAAAGCCUCGUUUCUGAGGCAAUGUUAGAUCUUGACAGCCUGUGUGAUGAUCUCUUUCUGCAGCUGAUGUUGACAUUGAGGGCUGCAGCUGAAAAACUUAGAGCCUCUGCCCCAGAAGGCUGUCCUUGGUGGUGCCCUCUGAACUCCAAAUGUGUCAAUGCCACCGCCUGUCGCUGUGCUCAGGGAUUCAGUUCUUCAUCUGGGGAGAUCCUCACCAGCGUCUUCGAGAGAUGUGAUGACAUCAAUGAAUGUGAACCACCCUCAACAGUGUCCUGUGGAAAAUUCGCAGACUGCCAUAACACAGAGGGGAGCUACUACUGCACGUGCAACCCAGGAUAUGAGCUUGUUUCUGGAGUAAAGAAGUUCCAGAAUGAAAGGGAGAACACAUGUCGAGGGGUCUCCUUCCCCACCUGGAAUGCACCCCAUAGAAUCAACAGCAAGAGGUUCUCUCGCUUCUUACAAAAAUUUGAUGAUUUGGGCAGAGACUUCAAGUCUGCCUUGUCUAUGGACACCGUCCAGGACCUCAUACAGGCGGUAGAUGACCUGCUGGAAACCCCUGAGGACCUGGAGACCGGGCCCCACUCAGAACAGAACUAUGUGGCCGCUAACCUGCUCCUCAACAUGGAAUUUGUGUUGAAAGAGCUGAGCAAGGCCCCACCCAAUGAGUCACUGACCUUUAAUACAGCCGCAGGCACAGAACUGUCCCUGAAGGUGACGAAGAAAGGACAAAAGAAUGUCACCUUAAAUGUUAAUCAGGCGAAGAUGCUCCUGGACUGGGAUACAGUACAGGAAUCUGGUGACUCAGUUUCUUCUGUGGUGGGCCUUUUCUCCAUGCCUGGGAUUCGCAAGUUGCUGUCUGAGGCCUCCCUAGUCCUGGAAACUGAGGAACAGGCAGUUCUGCAUGAGACACACAAGGGCUUGUUGCAGGAAGUCUCCCCCUUCCUGCUCUCAGAUGUCAUCUCCGUCUUUGUGAGCAGUAACAACACCCAGAACCUAAGCUCCCCAGUCACCUUCAUCUUCAACCAUGUGAGUCCUGUGACUCCCAGGCCAAGGCAAAAGUUGUACUGUGUCUUCUGGGAGCAUGGCCAAGAUGGAAGUGGUCAUUGGUCCACCAAAGGCUGCUGGAUGGUGGGCACCAGAGGCACCAGCACCACCUGCCAAUGUACCCACCUCAGCAGCUUUGCCGUCCUCAUGGCCCACUAUGAGGUGCAGAAGACGGAUCCUGCCCUGACUGUGAUCACCCACAUGGGACUGAGCCUCUCUCUGCUGUGCCUCUUCCUGGCGGCUCUCACCUUCCUGCUGUGCAAAGCCAUCCAGAAUAUUAGCACCUCACUCCAUCUGCAGCUCUCACUCUGCCUCUUCCUGGCCCACCUGCUCUUCCUCACGGCCAUCGACAGAACUGAGCACAAGGUGCUGUGCUCCAUCAUCGCGGGUGCCUUACACUAUCUCUACCUGGCCUCCUUCACCUGGAUGUUGCUGGAGGGCCUGAACCUCUUCCUCACCGCACGCAACUUGAUGGUGGUCAACUACUCUAGCGUGAGCAGGUUCAUGAAGAAGUUCAUGUUCCCUGUGGGCUACGGAAUCCCGGCUGUGAUUGUGGCCAUUUCUGCAGCUUCCAGGCCUCACCUUUAUGGAACACCUGUCCGAUGCUGGCUCCACACAGACAACGGAUUUAUAUGGGCCUUCCUUGGCCCCGUCUGCGCCAUCAUCUCUAUUAACUUGGCUUUCUUUCUGAUGACCUUCUGGAUUCUGAAAAACAAGCUCUCCUCACUCAACAGGGAUGUGUCCACCCUCCAGAACACGAGGAUGCUGACAUUUAAAGCAAUGGCUCAGCUCUUCAUCUUGGGCUGCACAUGGUGUCUGGGAAUCCUGCAGGUGGGCCCAGCUGCUCACGCCAUGGCCUAUCUCUUCACCAUCAUCAACAGCCUGCAGGGUGUCUUCAUCUUCCUGGUGUACUGUCUCCUCAGCCAGCAGGUCCAGGAGCAAUACAGGAAAUGGUUGAAAGGGGUCAAGGAAACCAAAGCCAACUCUGAGAAGUACACCCUCUCCAGCAGGGCCAUGUCUGAAGUCUCCAAACACAAUGAGAAAAUCAAGUCAGCAGCAUGA